CAGGAAGAAAGUCCACCAACGCCUCUGUAGGCCGUAUUCUAAUCUCGAUCAGUAAGCGUCAUCAUUAUUUCCGGUAAGCACGUACUUUUAGCGAGCAGUGUACAACCCGGAUAGAUCGAUUUUUUUAGGAAGAAUGUCCACCAACGCCCUCUGACAUUCUCUCGUAAAAAUCCAUUUUCCAACUUCAUUCAAUAGGGGUGCAAGCACCCUCACUUUCGCCAAGCACAGCACGUACUUUCGACGAAUAGUGUACUACCCGUAUUGAUCGAUUUUCCUCGGAAAAAUCUCCACCAACGCCCUCUGACAUUCUCUCGUUGAAAUCCGCUUUUCCAGUCUCGUUCGGUAGGGGUGAAAACACCCUUACUUUCGGUAAGCAUUGAUUACGUCACUGUCAGUCUACGUGUAAGUAUUCGCCCCAAAUUGGUGGUCGUGAACCCAGUAAAGUGACGAUUAUUUUUUUCAUUAGUUUAGAGGCUACGAAUUAUGCAUGUCGACCAAUCGACUGAAUUUGCAGCUUAUUAUACCGAUAAUGCUGUCAUUGAUACCGUGGCCUGGACCGACAGUUUUCAAAAUCUCUUGUCCCAGAGAUAGCGCUCGUAUAGUCCGAAGGGUUAUCCAGAGCAAAUGGAUUCCCAUUUUAGAUAAAUUUAAGGUUUCGCUACCACUAGAAUGCCCUUUUCAUCCUCAGAGGGAUAUCUUUAGCCCGCAGGAGUUAUCUAAGAAACGACACAGACCUUCGCAAUGGAUCUGUGGGAUAUGCGGAAAGUCGUUUUUUGAAGAAAAGUAUUUAGAUCUGCAUUUAGACAAUCGCCAUAAAGGAUAUAUCAAUAUGGCUGAAGACGCAGUAUGUCUAGCUGAUUAUUGUGAUAUUAUGCGUUGCGACGUGUUAGCCAAUCAGCGGACAGAAUCCAUGAUGACGAGCCAAGUGAACACGGACGUCGAGGUAUGGAGAGAAACGUCAAAGACUCGAAUAGAAGGCUGCGCGAAGAGCUUAGCGACAUUGGGACCGAGACAGCUUGCAAAGUUCAAAGGUGAGACGAAUAGUGGAGAAGACACAAGUGAAGCGCAGCUAAAAGAAGACUCUGAUACCAGUAAAGCGAACUCCGUCAAACCGGGAGACCCCCAAGGAGAUACUCCACUGUCUCCAGCAAGUUCUCAAGCGGACAACGUCUCAGACACCACCAACAGCAAACAUCCAAAUGGCGACCACCUGGUCGAAUCGGCUUCGCCCGCAGCAGGUUACAGGCCGACAGCUGAACAGCAGAGGCUGAAAGCUGAUUGCAAGCCGGAGGAACUGCAACGUCUCAAGACCAAAUGCGAGGUAUUGGUCAGGGAUUGUAUUGCUGGAUUGUUGAUUAGAUUGUCCGACAAGAACUUCAAAGAGAUUGAAGAUGAAUUGAACAGAGCAAUAUGUUGGUACCUAACCUGCGAUCGAUAUUGGGAGGAUUAUCAAACGGAGAUUAGAAGUUUCCCAUGGGGUUUGCUGUGUAUGGUAAUCAUGGUAGCGUCGGUGGGAGUUUGCAUGUGCUACUAUAUCGUCUGGGUACUCUUCGACAGAACAGAUGACGUAAGCGUGACAAGCACCAGUGUGACGGACCAGUCUACUCCUUCCCCUGCAAGGAGAUUACGUCAUCAUCCCCACCAUAUGCCGCACGCCGUCUUGGACGGCCAAUACCUGGGCGAAGAUUACUAUUCAGAAAAGGACAACGAAUACAUUUACGUCGCGUAUCCGCCGGAAUUGAAAAGGAGAUUGCUUGAGAGCAGGGCACAAACCAAUGUUUUAAGAACCGACAGCGUUUAGUUAGUCGAAAAUAUCCACACCAAAAAUCAUACUUACCAGAAAAAAGCUAGAGAUAAAGUACGAAUUUGAUUGUUUAAAAUAGCUCUCAAAGAAUUACUACCAAGCCAAAGUGUAGUGCAUUUUGAGACUUAUUUUCAAUUAUAUAGCACAAAAUAAGAAAAUACUUCAUUUUUAUAACACAAAUUUUCUUUAGUCUUAGAAUCAGAUUCUCAUCUUUUAAGUUGUGAUAUUAGUGAGAAUACUUAUUUUUAAUUAUUCUAUUUUUAAUGCAACCAUUUUUCAUAAAGCUCAAAGGUUAAUUAUUUGUUAUAUUUUAUUGAUAGUUAUGUAAAACUUUCGAGUAGAUAAAAGCAGUGCUUUAGAGAUAAUGCUUAUAUUGCAACAAAUUUCACGGUAUAAUUAAACGUUAUACAAAGUCAAAAGUAUUUGCUGCGGCAUUUUUUCAUUUCAUAGGUGUAGAUACGAGAGUAUUUAUCAAAUUACUUUCGAAAAAAUCUUGACACAUUUUUAUACGUAUUAUUCAGACUUCAGUAUUCUCUUUAAGUCUGUUUCUUUGGUAUAUAUGCAGAUUAAAUGUUUUCAACGCGCACUAACAGUUUUGUACUAAUAUUAGGUAGUUACGAAAUUAUUAAAAUACCAAUCAUUUUUUCUACGCUGUAAAUUAUAAAAUAAAAUGCAAAAACAUAUACUUACCUGCGACUUUUCAAACUAUG